AUGGGUUCAAAGAGUGUUGCAUCCAUUAUUAUUGUCAUAUUUUUCCUAAACAUCCUAUUCACUGCUAGUCUUAGCUCUGCCCAAGUUCCAACGUCAAAGAGUUGUCCUGAUUUGCGUGUUUGUGUCAAUGUGUUGAAAGAUUUGGUGUCUAUUAUAAUUGGUCCUCCACAAUGCAAGCCAUGUUGCCCCUUCAUAGCUGGACUCAUCGAUGUUGAAGCCCAUGCAUGUCUUUGCGCAGCUAUCAAAGGUAAUAUUUUAGGAAUAGACAUUAAUGUUCCCAUUAAAGUUUUACUCAAUGUAUGUGGACGUAAGGUCCCUACUGGCCCUGUGUGUUAA